CCAAAUUGCUCAACAUUCAUUUCCCAGAAAAAGCAGCUGUUUGGUGAGUAGGAAUGGAAAAUCUUCAAGAAAAUACAGGGAACAUGCAUAGUUUUCAGCAAAAGUCUGGUCACUAUCUGGGAACACUGAAAAGGAGAGCAAUGGGCAAGAAAAGUAGAGUCAAAACACAGAAAUCAGGAGGUGGAGCGACAGCAACAGUUUCUACAAAAGAAAUAAUGAACCUGAUAACAGAAUUGCUGCAAAAAUGUAGCAAUCCUUCCACAGUACCUGGAAAGGAAUGGGAAGAAUACGUGCAGAUCCGUGGCUUGGUUGAGAAAAUCCGUAAAAAACAAAAAGGAUUAUCGGUUGUCUUUGAUGGGAACAGAGAACACCACUUUGAUGAACUACUGCAGUGGGCAACUGACUGUGGAGCCUCAACUGAGGGUUUUGAAAUCACUUAUUUUCCAGAAGAGGGCUAUGGUUUAAAGGCAACUAAAGACAUUAAGGCAGAAGAACUUUUUCUGUGGAUCCCCAGAAAAAUGCUCAUGACUGUUGAAUCUGCCAAAAAUUCUGUGUUGGGUCCAGUUUAUGCCCAGGACCGAAUUCUCCAAGCCAUGGGAAAUAUUACCCUUGCGUUUCACCUGCUUUGUGAACGUUUGAAUCCCAAUUCCUUCUGGUUACCUUACAUUAAGACAUUACCUAUGGAGUAUCAUACCCCUUUGUAUUUUGAAGAGGAAGAAGUACACUACCUCCAGUCAACACAAGCCAUCCAUGAUGUUUUCAGUCAGUAUAAAAACACCGCUCGCCAGUACGCUUACUUCUAUAAACUUAUCCAGACCCACCCGAAUGCUAGUAAACUGCCCUUGAAGGAAUCCUUCACCUUUGAUGACUACAGAUGGGCUGUCUCUUCUGUCAUGACACGCCAGAACCAAAUUCCAACUGAAGACGGUUCCCGGGUCACUUUGGCUCUUAUACCUCUGUGGGAUAUGUGUAACCACACCAAUGGCUUGAUUACAACUGGUUACAAUCUGGAGGAUGAUCGGUGUGAAUGUGUCGCUUUGCAGGAUUAUAAAGCUGAAGAUCAGAUCUAUAUUUUCUAUGGAACUCGUUCCAAUGCUGAGUUUGUGAUACAUAAUGGAUUUUUCUUUGAUAAUAAUUCGCACGACAGAGUGAAAAUAAAGCUGGGAGUGAGUAAAAGUGACCGUCUUUAUGCUAUGAAAGCAGAAGUUUUAGCUCGUGCUGGCAUACCAACGUCCAGUGUAUUUGCCUUGCACUGCGGUGAACCUCCUAUCUCGGCCCAGCUGUUGGCUUUCCUCCGUGUCUUCUGCAUGAGUGAAGAUGAAUUGAAAGAACAUCUUGUGGGAGAACAUGCAAUCGAUAAGAUCUUUACCUUGGGAAACUCUGAUUUCCCUGUAAGCUGGGAUAAUGAAAUCAAACUGUGGACCUUCCUUGAAACUAGAGCUGCACUCCUCUUAAAAACAUAUAAAACUACUACUGAGGAUGAUAGAUCACUGCUUGAAAUGCCAGAACUGUCCUACCACAUCAAGAUGGCCAUCCAACUCCGCACAGCAGAGAAGGAAAUCUUGGAAAAAGCCGUGCAAAGUGCUGCUACAAAAAGAGAGCACUUUACAGAACUCCAGGACAAAGGUGCACCACUUCCCAAAUAUGAGGAAAGUAACAUUGCCAUGCUAGAGAACACUGCCACAGACUCCAAAAUUCCAAUGGUGCUGAGAAAUUUAAACAUUGACGAUGAAGGAGAGCAGGACUUGAAUUUAACAGAAGCCCUGGGGGAGGCGAUUGUAGAAGGGGGAGGCAUUGUGAAUGGAGAGAGCACUUUUCCCAUUGAUACUAAUCCCAAAGGUCAUGAAAACCCUGAACAAGAAGACCAUGCCAAAGAGACUGGAGAUGCCAUCAAGACUAUAUCAGAAAAGAAUGAGCACAUUAAAACAGAAGAAAUUGGAGAACAAUCAUGAAAUAUAUUGAAAACAGAUACUUGUCUUUAGUUGAAGUGGAAAUGGGAACUCUGAACAUUUCUGUAGCUGAAAGUGCAGCACAUUUGAUCAUGUUCUUUUAAGGUGAGACAAGUUGUAGCUGAAGUGGUCUUGUCAAGGGAGCUUACUUUCUGUUAAAAUUUCAGUUCGUUUAAAAUAAGUGGUCUUAAAGUAGCUUCCAGCUUAAAUUUACCUAGUCUCAUUGUUGGAUUUGGAUACUGGGAAGAUUGUCAGCCAGUUUAAAUGAAAUUUUCAGCACCAAAAGUCAGUCAAUUAAGACUUAUUUUAUUUAGUUCAAAAUACGGAAUGAAAUCUAACAGUAAACAAUGGUGUAAAGUCAUUCUACUUUAUUUAAUAACAUGUGAAUGUUGUUUGGUACACAAGUUUUUUUUUAAAUUUGUGCUUUUCGACACAAUAUUCAUUUUGUUUCUACAUAUAAAGAAUUUCCACAGGAGUGCAGACUCAUAUGCACUCAAAUGCAUCCACAGUGACCACAAACCAGUUGCCCCUUGUUGACUAUUAUAAUCAGGUGGUUACUAUUUCUAGUUUUUGUUUUUUAUUGGUGCAAAGAAUAUCAAGUGGUGAGUGAGUAACCAACUGGUAUGUCAUAGACUGAAUGUCACGGUUCCAUAUGUCUGCUCCAGACACGUUGUAAGCAUUAUACGUAACCACAAGAUGGGGGUUGAUGUAAAAUUCUGAAGUAUGACUUCCAGUGAGGCUCAACUUUCUGACUGGGCAAACUGAAGUGCCAAGCCUUUUAAAACCACAGCAUAGAAACUCAUAAAUCCUUAGAAGCUCCAAAGUCUUUGAUGUUGAUUGGUUCAUACAUUUGGCACCAGUGUCAUCUGCAAACAGUUAAGGAAAUCUAGACUAAUAUUUUCUGUUUGAGCCUAUGAUAAUUUAAACUGGUGUGGUCCUUAGUUCCCAUGAGAAUGUUAGUGCUAUUUGUUUGGAUCCCUCAACCAAAGGCAUAUACCAUCUGCAAAAGACUGUGUGGGCAGAUGGCUACCAGAGCUGGGCUUUCUUCCACUUUGAAAAAUGGGAUUCUGCGAGUGCUAAGGUUUAAUGACCUUCAUAAAUUGAUGAUCUAGCAUAAUCAUAGUGAAGAAGCCUAUGUCCCUUUUUUUCCACCACAUCUCUCUGCCCAAGUGAUUGGUGACAUAACCUCAAACCUAAUCAAAGCCAUCCAUAUUCUUACUUUUAGACUCAAGUUGUCACUCUGAUUAAAUAUGGGAUGAACCUAUCCUAUUUGGUUUAAAAUGAAUUAAAGUAUAGUGAUUAUUAUGAGGAAAUAAAUUUGUUCUCUUUCAUAUAUGGAGUAAACAGCAUGGUUUGAAUUAAAGUGUAGGUACACUUCAAUACUGACUCCUGAGAUAGAUAUUAAGAGUUGCAUCCAUAAGCAUUUGAAAAUUUGCUAAUUCCACUGCCCCCUCUCCCUUCCCGCCUACCUCUCCAACCCCAAAUUUCAAUCCAACCCCUAAUAACUGAAAAUUGCCAUCAUAUGGUACUGGACACAGCUUGAUGUGGACCUUUUUUUUCCCCAAUUGUACUACUUCAGCUUUGAAUCUGAAGUUCAGAUUCAGUUAAUAUUAUGAUUGAACUGUCUUAGAAGGUUGUGGGCUGAGUAAUUCUGAGCUGUUGCUUUGAAUUAGUGCCAUCCAGCUUUAUAAAUUCAAACCUGUUCAAUUGAAGUUAUAGGAUAAUUCAGUAAUUUUUCGAGAACUAAUUUCUCAACUGGAUUUGUUUUUGUAAAAAUUAUUGCCUAAAUUCUUUUAAUGCAAGAAUAAACUGAUACAAAUGAAGUAGAUUUCUAAUCUGUUUUUGAAGAAAAAACAACAAAGUGAAAAUUCGUAGCUCAAGUCAAUCCCAUAUAAAAGGGCAGUAGUAGAUUUGAUGAUUUGAUGCAAUAAACUUUGCAUCUUUUUAAGACACAAAACAUAAUUACCCCUUAAAUUAUGAGUUUAAAAUUUAUUUCUAUUAUGGAGACUAAUAUAGUAUGGACAACUUAUGCUGAUCUGUAUUGAGAAUUAAGAGACCCAUAUUUGAGAAAAUGGAGUACCCAUUGUCAUGAAAAGGGCUAACUACUUUGUCCAUACUCUAGUCUGUUUAUAAUUUGCACAACUUGUUCCAUUUGAAGGAAUACAUGUGAGUUUUGUAAAUUUAGCAGCUUCUGUACUAUUCACUUUAAUAAUUUACCCACUGUAUUAUCUAUUUGACUCUUUGAAGACUGAAUGGUAAAUUUUUAUUUUGAAUGAUUCUCUUUUCUUAGUUUUUGAUUUGUAAGAGGAGUCUUCUUUAACAUCUUCACCUAUAUCAGAAAACCAAUUCACUAGUUAUUGAUACUUUGUCCUCCAAAUUUUGGACAGUGUGAGAAGCACUCUGUUUUAUAUGAUUCUUUAAAGAAAUUGUAAUUAUCUGCACUAUUUAUGUAAAUUUUAGACCAGAUGCUUCUACAACCUUGAAUACAUUAAAGAGGAUCAAUGAAUGUAAAACCUUGAAGAAAAGGCCACUGUUCUUCGUGAAAUGUGUUAUUUUCCCUAGAAAGUUCAGGUUGCAUUUCCUCUUGAACAUGAUUACUUUGAUGAAAUUAAAGUAGCUCACCUUCUAA